AACCGAGACUUUUUAUGCUUUAGACAUUCUUAACCCCAUCCCAACUCCGACGUUACAAUUUCAGACUCCCACGUUCAUUCUACUUCUCUUCCACAAAUCCACAUCAACCAUUCGCCACCUCACCCCAUCCACAGGUUAUUGUUGCAUUAAGGGACUAGUUGCAUUAAGGGACUAGUUGGACGGUGUUUGUGGUUCUUGUCGCCAUUGAAAUUAUAGUUGAGAGAUGAGUCAAAAAGGCUUAAUUUAUAGCUUUGUUGCGAAAGGAAAUGUUGUUCUAGCUGAGCACACUUCAUUUUCGGGGAACUUCAGUACCAUUGCUGUGCAAUGCUUGCAGAAGCUUCCUUCUAAUAGCAGCAAGUACACGUACUCAUGUGAUGGCUACACGUUCAACUUUCUUAUAGACAAUAGAUUUGUUUUCCUUCUUGUUGUAGAUGAAUCAGUUGGGAGGGGUGUUCCUUUUGUGUUUCUUGAGAGAGUCAAGGAUGACUUUAAACAGCGUUAUGCUGGCAUUAUCGGAAAUGAUGUUCCACAUCCACUUGCAGACGACGAGGAUGACGACGAUGAUUUAUUUGAAGACCGGUUUAGUAUUGCGUACAAUCUUGACAGAGAAUUUGGGCCAAGGCUCAAAGAUCACAUGCAGUAUUGUAUGAACCAUCCAAAUGAAUUAAGUAAGCUGUCCAAACUGAAGGCUCAAAUAACAGAGGUCAAAGGGGUAAUGAUGGACAAUAUUGAAAAGGUUUUGGAUCGUGGUGAGAAAAUCGAACUCCUGGUGGAUAAAACUGAAAACCUUCAGUUCCAAGCAGAUAGCUUCCAAAGGCAAGGAAGGCAACUGCGACGGAAGAUGUGGUUUCAGAAUCUCCAAAUGAAGCUUAUGGUUGGAGGAGGAAUCCUUGCUCUGAUCAUCAUACUGUGGCUAAUAGCUUGCAGAGGCUUCAAAUGUUGAUGCGACAAAGGUACAUGUAGUAUUUAGGAGUUGAUGCUUGUUCAUUGGGGAUACAAAAGAUUACAGGUUCGUGUAUAUUAAGUACGUGUCUGGAAUGAAUCCUUCUAUCUGUUAGACCUUGUGAUCAAACAGCUGUUUGAUCUUAUCUUACUGUUAUGAUUGUAUUUGUUUUUCCACAAUAAUGAGACGAUUUAAUUUGAUAUGCUUAUGUUCUAGUGGUUGCUGAUUUUAACAUCUGGCAACCUCAACUUCAGGGAAUGUUGAGUAGAUUGUUGAAGCCAUUGUAAAAUAUUCGUUAAACUUUUAUGUUGGUAUGGUUGUGAUU